AAACAAUAAUCAAUUUAAUGUCUAAUUUUUGUCAAAACCUUUUACCUAAAAUAUUUUUACUAUAUAAACAAGGUCAUCAGAGAGACAUUCUCAUUAAGAAGUAGCACAAAUGAAGUAUAUAUCAUCGUCAAAAGACUAAAAAUUUGGGCUCAAACUCAAAUAUUGAUUUUUAUUGAAGAUUAUGGUUAAUGACGUUCUCGGAUGAGAGCAAAAAUAAGUGUUUCCUGAUUAGACAUAUAGUUAAAUAUUAAUAUAGUUAUAUUUCACGACACUUUGUUACUUUUCAUUCUAGGAAGAUCAUUUAAGUUCAUUAAAUGCAUAUAUUCAACAAUCAGAAAUUGAACCAUUUAAUAUACAUCAUGAAUUUUAUGCAAUGAAAAUUCAACAAAUCACUAAUGAUCUCGUUUCUAUGUUUCAUUCAAAGACUUCUGAUUCAAGUUUAUUGAAUACGAAUCAAUUUAGCAAAACAUUCGAUCAUUUGAAAACUUAUGAACAAAUUUUAAAUAAACAAAAAAUUAACAAUGAAAACAAAUAAAAACAUGUUGAAGACGAAAUUUCUAUAGCACGAGGAUACUCAUUAUUUGAUAGUCUUGUUCGUGAACAAAUGGACAAUCUAACAAAACAACAAAAUGAAUUUGCACAUCAAAAAGAAUUAAUUAUUAAAAUGCAAGCAAUUCUAAAUGAGACAAUCAAUCAAUUUCAUUCAUUAUUUAUGUUUGAUUUUGAACACGGCAAAAAUCAAGAAUUACUUAAACAAAUGAAACAGAGAGCCAUAGAUACAAUUACUGAAUCUGUUCAAUACGAACGUCUAUCCAAGCGUAUAUCUCCACAUUUACUUAUAUUACAUAAAUUAACUUCUCAACAAGACUUAUUACCACCAAUAAUACCAUAUUUUGCGAUAUUACACCAAUUAGAAAUACAAACAUUCAUGCAACAAGAAUCACCAUAUCAAAUGUUUCAUUUUCAAUAUCAAUCAUCAACAAAUUUCAUCAUUAGAUUCUAUUGA